CAGUGAAGCACAGACGGAUGCCAGCGUUACGCUCAGAUCUGACAGACGAGCACACACACACACACACACAAAAGCAGACCGCAUCUGCAUUCACAGGACAGAGAGAGAGAGAGACACACACACACGCCGCGGAAGAGAACACCUGCAGAUCUGAGGCUGUAACACAGCAGUCAGUGGAUUUUCAUCUCCUGCUCUUGCUGUAAGUUUGAGGACGUCUGCAGCCUCCAGCGGCGCUCCUGCACGGAUUACAGCUGAGGACUCAGCGGAUCUGUGAAGAGACGAGUCGGACCACUGGAUAAAGAGCUGUGUGUCGGCUGACACUGUUGAUGAGGAUUACAGCCGGCUCUGGUCUGUUGAGCACACACACACACACACACUCUGCUCCUCAUCAUGAUCUUCAGCUGGUGUGUGUGCGUCUCCUCGGAGCGGGCGCUGAACACUGAAGGUGUGUGUCUGGCUGUAGGACACAAGCUAGCGUGCAGCGGUGCUAUGGAGCAGUGAGUGUGUGUGCGCUCAGCAUGGUGCCGCCGCCGGCCGCCAGUAAGCCGCACGUGUGCCUGUCGGCCGCCGUCAUUAUGGGCAGUAUGGCAUUGCUGGAUGUGUGUCUGGUGCAGCAGAGUCGCGGGCCGCGCCGCAUCGGGAUCGGCCUGAUGGUGAGCGUGGGCGAGCUCUGCUUCCUAAUCGUGCUGCGAUACGUGGCCGUGUGGGUCGGCGCCGAGGUCAGGACGGCUAAACGGGGAUACGCCAUGAUACUGUGGUUCCUCUACAUUUUCGUGCUGGAGAUUAAGGUCUACUUCAUCUACCAGAACUACAAGGCUGACCGGAAGAGUCUGGACGCUCUGGCCCGGAAGGCGCUGACGCUGCUGCUGUCCGUCUGCGUGCCGCUGCUGUUCCUGGUCCUGGUGGCAGUCGACCACAUGCAGUACGUCACAGCGUUCCGCAAGAAGGAGGAGAUCCGGAACCGGCUGUUCUGGGUGGUGGUGGACCUGCUGGAUGUGCUGGACAUCCAGGCCAACCUGUGGGAGCCGCAGAAGAAGGGGCUGCCACUGUGGGCAGAGGGUCUGAUGUUCUUCUACUGCUACAUUCUGCUGCUGGUGCUGCCCUGCGUGUGCCUGAGUGAGAUCAGCAUGCAGGGCAUCAAUAUCAGCCCGCAGAAGAUGCUGUUGUACCCCAUCCUCAGCCUGGCCUCCAUUAAUGUGGUCACGCUGUUCAUCCGCGGGGGAAACAUGCUGCUCUACAGGGACGGCCGUGUCUCCGGAAUCCUCAUGGCCAAGAACAUGCUGGCCAUCGUCCUGAAGACCUGCAGCUUCGUGCAGUACCGCAGACAGCUCCAGAGCGCCCCUGCUGGUCUCACGCUGCAACUACAGAAGAACUGUGUAUCGACUGCUCGAACCGCACACACACCGGCGCAGGGGCACACGCCACUGCCCGAGGUCACAGCCUGCCACCAUACAUGA